AUGGAACACAAAGCCGUUUCUUCAGGGGCUGCCCUUUUGUCUGCUCUUGUUUUCGCCUUGGUAGCUUUCGUUCACUUCACUUCCCGGCGCAACACUGCCAGCGGGCCGACGCCACCAAGCCUCCAUGAUCCCAUCCCGUUUGUGUUUAAUACCGUCCAGUUCGUGUUCAACAACGAGAAAUUCAUGAAACGAGCAACGAAGGCGCUCGAGCGCUCCCCGGUGGUCAGGUUCUGGAUGGGCACGACGCCGGUCUAUCUCUUUGGCGGUCCAAAGCACUACCAAGCCAUCUUUGCCUCGCGUGACUUGACAUACAACGGUAUCAUGCUGCAGAUAGGCUUCCCCAAGCUCUGGAGGAUGACACGCGAAGAGAUCCAGCGCUUUGCGAACGACAAGUCCGGUCACAAGGAGACGCCGCUGCCCGGCACCGAGCACGUCCCGCCCCAGCAGCGGUACUGGGCGACGAAGUACCACGUGCUGUACGAUUUCCUGAGCCGGAAGCACCACAUCAAGCCCAUUGUCGAUGAGUUCGCGAGGCAGUUCUCCCGCGACGUCGUGGAGAAAUUUCCCCUCGGCCAGUGGACCACCCUGAGCAUCGACGAACUGACCCGGCGAGACUUCACUCGGUGCGCGAUCACGACGCUGUUUGGGCCCAAGAUCCUGGAACUGAAUCCCGACUUCCUCGACGCCUUUUGGUACUUCGACUCCUAUGCCUCCGUCCUGGUGUACGGGUUCCCCAGGUGGAUGUACCCGCAGCCGUUCCGGGCUUCGGACCGCUUCCUGGACCGGAUCGAGAAGUACGUGGAAGCCGGGCUGAAGGACUUUGACUGGAACGGACCGGACGUGGAUGCGCAGUGGGAGCCACACUUUGGGACCCGCAUCACGCGCGAGCUCACCAAAUGGCUUACCGACGCCGGAUUCCAGCGCAAAUCCGUCGCCGGCGCAUUGGGAACACUUGUGUUCGGCCAAAACUCCAACACCAUCCCGGUAGUCAGCUGGAUGCUGAUGGAGCUGAACAAAGACCCGCAGCUCCUGAGCGCCGUGCGCGCAGAAGUAGCCGACGCCUUCGUGACGGACCCUCUCACCGGCGCGCGCACGCUCGACACGCAGAAAGUCGCCGCCCUGCCGCUGCUGCAGUCGCUCUUCACCGAGAUCCUGCGGCUGCGGGUGAGCAUGGUGAUCAUGCGCGUCGCGGACAGGCCGAUGACCAUCAACGGCGUCGACGUGCCGCGGGGCGCCCUCGUGCACGCGUACUCGCGCAUCGCCCAGACCGACGAGGCCACCUGGGGAUCGCCGGAGCACCCCGCGGACCAGUUCUGGCCUGAGCGGCACAUAAAGUACGUCGAGGAACGGGAUCCGGAAACAGGUACGCUGCGCAAGCGCCGCGAGUUCGCCAUGGCGGCCAGCCCGGCGUGUUUCUUCCCCUUUGGCGGUGGCGUCCCCAUGUGCCCCGGACGACACUUUGCCAAGAACGAGAUCUUCACCAUGGUGGCGAUCCUGGUGGACCGGUUCGAGAUGGAAUUCGUGAGGUGGACGAAUCCGGAUGGUUCGCCGUCUGACAGGCCGGCCGAGAGCGACCAGCGGUUCUCGGGCAUUGGGUCUCUGCCCCCCGACCGUGACAUGAUCGUCCGAUGGAAGCGCAUCCGGUGA